AUGCUCAGACAGCCCCACCCGCUGUGGAAAGCUCUGCUGGGGCAAGCUGGCAGCUUACUCUCUGCAGAGCUGGCCUCAGUCCCUCGAGCACCGCAACGGGAUCUAGAUCCAGCACUCAGUGUCUUUGAGAAAGGCUCACCCUAUCCCAAGGCACUACUGCACUAUGGCAAGCUCUCAGCUGCACAGUCGAGGAAACCCUCUGACAGGCGUCCUCCAGCCAUCCCUGCAGUAGGCCAGUCAUACAAGAGACAUGUUCAACAAGCCUCUCAUCCCACACACAAAGGAACUGAAGACCGACAGGUUAUGAUCAGGCUUUCAGCAACUCAUCCAGCCCGGGACCCAGACCCUCAGGCCAUUUAUGAGUGGAUGCAGGCUCUCAUCCCAGACUCAACCUGGAUCACUGAUCCCUAA